UAAUUCCAUUUCUUUACGGGUUCUAUCCUGAGAGGUUCUGACAUUUGUGUCGCGGUGUAGCAGUGAGAUCAGUGGGAGGCAGCGUGACAUCUGAUGAUGAGCGAAGCUGGCAGCGCGGGAGUUACGGACGGUAAAACCCGUGACCGUCUGUAGUACCGUCAAAAACUUGCAGUAGAUAGAACAUCUGAUUAGAAACCUCUGUUAUCAUUUGGACGACUUGAUGGUCUAGAAGAUUUUUGUUUGCGCAAACAGAAGGCCGGAUUUGGGGUUAAGCUACAAGAGUAGGCGGGUACAGGUUCGGUGGUGAUGAUGAUUCAGAGCCCCAUCCAGAAUAAAUGAGACCUCAGGCUAACUAACUCGACGUGGGUCUCUGCUGUCACGAGUGGGGCGGAAAGAAGAGAGAAAUCGAUCGUAAAAGGAGUACUCCUACUCAUCAUCACAACUAAAACUUUCGCGCUGGAUAUUAAUCGCCGCUCACCUCCACUGGAACUUGUAUUGCAGUAGGUCAGGGCGAUGCACUCGCUCCUUUUCCGCACGAACGAAAAGUCUCAGAAAAUACACCCAUGAUGAGAAUACCAACUCUCCGGCCCAGCUAACCCCACGACCUGUAUUUCUAUAGCUGGAGCAGUCGGCUCAUCUACUCCGUGCACGCAGCAACAGCAAAAGCGUGAGGAGGAGCGCGCGCGGCCGGACCAGCAGCGGAAGGUGUCACGCCGAUCCGGCCUCUUUAUUGUUCGCACGCCUUCCCUCCACCGUUGGCGCUCCUCCCGCCCGCCCCUCUCUCUCAAAAGUAAACCCCUCCCUCCGUCCUCUUCCUCCUGCUCAGAACAGAACCCAACGGUCACUCACUCUUCCCCAUCGACCAGCCAGCCAGCCACCCCACGCUUUCCCAAGCCUCCGUCUGCCACUGCUUCCCAUCGCUCCACACCCGAGACCACCGAGACGCCAAAAGGAGGCGCACGGAAACGCUCGACUCACCACACGCGCGCGCGCGCGCCAAUUUCUUUGCCCCUCGAUCGCCGCCCGCGGAGCAUAACCCGGCCGCCGGCCGAGGGAGGCAGCGGCAACGACGACACCCAUCACAAGUACGGGCGCGCGAGUCAGAUCUGCCACGCACGCGCGGCUGCUGUGGCUGGGUGCGAUGGGGAGCGGGGAGGAGGAGAGGGGCGGCGUGAGCGAGACCGCCUUCACGGACUCGGCCGACGGGAGCAGCUCCAGCUCCGACGCCGCCUCCACCGACGACUGGCCCGCCCUCGCGCUCGCUGCGCCCAAGAAGACGCCGCCCUGCAGCGGCGUCCCCGACGCCGAGAUGGCCGGCAAGCUGAAGCGCAGAGCUGGCCCAGAGACGGAGAUGAUGAAGGAGCGGUUCGCGAAGCUGCUCCUCGGCGAGGACAUGUCCGGGAGCGGCAAGGGCGUCUGCACCGCGCUCGCCAUCGCCAACGCCAUCACCAACCUCUGCGCCACCAUCUUCGGGCAGCUGUGGAGGCUGGAGCCGCUGCCGCCGGAGAAGGCGGCCAUGUGGCGGCGGGAGAUGGACUGGCUGCUCUGCAUCAGCGACCACAUCGUCGAGCUCGUCCCCACCUGGCAGUCCUUCCCCGACGGAACCAGGCUCGAGAUCAUGACAAGCAGGCCACGGUCAGAUCUGUACAUCAAUCUGCCAGCGCUUCGGAAGCUAGACCAUAUGCUCCUUGAAAUCCUGGACAGCUUCAGGGACACAGAGUUUUGGUACGUCGACCAAGGGAUAUGCGCGGCGGACUGCGAUGGCUCCGCCUCGUUCCGGGCGGCCUUCCACCGCCGCGACGACAAAUGGUGGCUGCCGGUGCCCCGGGUGCCACCCGGGGGCCUCCGCGACAAGACGAGGAAGCAGUUGCAGCACAAGCGCGACUGCGCGAACCAGAUCCUCAAGGCUGCCAUGGCCAUCAACAGCAACGCCUUGGCAGAGAUGGAUGUCCCCGAAUCAUACCUCGACUCUCUGCCAAAGAACGGGAGGGCGACCUUGGGCGACGUGAUAUACCGCUACAUAACGUCGGAUCACUUCUCCCCCGAGUGCCUUCUCGACAGCCUAGACCUGUCGACGGAGUACCAGGCCCUGGAGAUUGCCAGCCGUGUCGAGGCGUCGGUCCACGUGUGGCGCCGCAGGGUGCCCGCGAAACCGGUGAACGGCUUAGGCCGCACCGCCAGCGCCAGCGCAAGGUCAUGGAGCAUGGUGAGGGACAUGUUAAUGGAUUCGGAGAAGAGGGAGCUGCUCGCGGAGCGGGCUGAGGGCCUCUUGAUAUGCCUGAAGCAGAGGUUCCCUGCCCUGACGCAGACAAGCCUGGACAUGAGCAAAAUUCAGUACAACAAGGAUGUGGGCAAGUCGAUCCUGGAGAGCUACUCGAGGGUUCUGGAGAGCCUGGCGUCGAACAUCGUGGCGCGCAUCGACGACCUUCUCAACAUCGACGAGCUGAACAGGCACGUGGAGCAGCUGUCGUCGGGUGAAGCUGACCUGAAGAUGGCCUGCGGCAGGGCCGUGGUGCCACCCUACCAGCAGGUGCCUGCCCCGGGCACGCCGUUUGUGACGUCCUACGCCACGCCUAGCUUCUCCCCGGGGCGGCUGUCGAGCCCGAGGACCUUGGUCGGUGCCGGCAGACGGUCUCAGGGCAACAGGGCUGCCGCCGCUGCCGCGAAGAAGGCCUUGACGGACCAUCUCGGCCCGUCGGAGGUCAGGGGGAUGAUCAUCGUGAACCGGAGCACGAUGGUCGAUGUCUCGACGACCACGGAUCUGUGAGGCUGGGCCGGUGGACGGCUCGUAGAAUUGCCGAGGACCAGCCUGCCGGUCUCUCUGUGCAUAAGUGUGUCCUUCAUUUGUGCUUACGUUCUUACUGUAUUUUUAACUCUUAGUGCUUAGCUAUGGAGUACCGCUGCUGCUUCUUUUUGCGAGAAGAAGCUGCUAUGUAUUGUUCCGUGCCAAAAAAGAAGAAUGAAAAAGAAAAACGAAGCGUCCUGCUCUUUGCAGACCUCGUGAUCAGAU